UCAGACCAGAAGCAAGGAACUCCACAGACACAGCAGGUAAAGAAACAGGAAUCACCGCAGAAGACUCCCACUUACCCAGGUGGUGUGAAGCAAUCUCCAUUUCCAAGUUGUGAUGUGGAUCCAAGUGCGAGAAUCCCGUGCGGGGGUCCUUAUAUCUCUCGUGAUGAAUGUACAGCCAUUGACUGCUGCUUCGUUGGUGAAAAGUGCUACUACGGAAAAGCAGUAACUGUCCAGUGCAUCAACGAUGGCCAGUUUGUCGUCGUCGUAUCCAGAGACGCCACUCUGCCAAACAUCAACUUGGAGUCUGUCUCACUGUUGCAUCAAGGCUGCACUCCUGUUGCUUCUAAUUCACAGUUCGUAAUCUUCCAGUUUGGUGUUUGUGAGUGUGGCACUAUUAUUAUGGAGGACGACGUAAGCGGUAUAAUCUAUGAGAACAGAAUGCGCUCCUUAUAUGACAUGCAAGUCGGGCCUUCUGGAGUAAUUUCUAGGGACUCUUUUUUUGAGUAUGUGAUACUCUUUAAAAUUUGCACCAGGUUAAAGUGCUUUUUUUCCAGCUUGCUCUUUCAGUGUCACUACCAUGGCGUCUCUGUACAAACUGUAAUUGUAGCCCCAGUUUUAAUACAGGACCCUGUUGAACCAGCUGCUGGUGCCGGACCUCUCCGUGUGGACCUGAGGCUUGCCAAUGGGCAGUGCUUUAUAAAAGGCUGUGAUGAAGGAGAGGCAGCCUACAGUUCUUUCUACACGGAAGAAAACUAUCCUGUUAUGAAAUUCUUGAGGGAUCCUGUGUACGUGGAGGCUCGAAUCUUGGGAAAAACAGAUCCCAAACUUGUCCUGACACUCGAUCAUUGUUGGGCAACCAGUGGCUCCAACCCUCACAGUCUGCCUCAGUGGGACCUUCUGGUGGAUGGGUGUCCAUACAAGUAUGAUAGCUACAAAACUAGAUUAAUUCCAGUGCAUGUCAGUUCCGGUGUGGAAUUCCCAACACACCACAAGCGUUUCAUGUUCGCAGCGUUCAGCUUUCUGGAGGAAAAUGACAUGUAUCUGAAUGAAAACAUUUUCAUCCACUGCAGUACAGAAGUGUGCGUCCCAGGUGCCGGUGUGUCCUGUGAGACGAUGUGCCAAAGAACAAAGAGAGAUGUCACGGCUGUGAAACAGAAGGCUGACAAAAAGCCUGUGGUUUCUGCUGGGCCACUGAGCAUCAAAUUCACCAACAGCGAGUCAAGUUAAAAAAUGUUUAGCAUCAUUAUUAACACAUAAUAUAAUUCAGGUUUUAGCUGUGCACAGUGAGAACAACAUGUAUCUGUAAUGCCAGUUCAAAGACUAAGAAAUGCAUGAAAUGGAUACAAAAAUUCUUAGAAAUUUGAUAUUCAGGGAAAUUAAACUGUUAGUAAAUACACAUGUAUAAUUUUAUGCAUUGCCCAAGAAAUGUUUCUAAUUUUUUUUAAGGUUGUAAAUUAAUAAUGAAAUGUUCAUGCAAUGCAAAAUAUUGAGAAUUGUUUGUACUUGAUUGAUAUACAUGACAGGAAAGAAUGAACACAAUGACACAAUUAAUUGCAGCUGCAGCUUGAAUAAUCAAUAUUUUUAGGACACCCAAAACACAUCUUUACCACAAUUUAAACACCACAAGGUGUUACUACAUAAAAUACUUUAUUUUAGGUUUUUGUGUUAAAUUAUACAUUAUACCCAUGUAUCAGAUGUUUUUAUUAGUAAUUUUGAUCACUGUUAAAAAUAUUGUCAUUACAUUUGUCCCAUGACACGAGUACUGAAUGUUUGUUUUGAAAAUGAGUGCCAAAAUAAUAAAAAAAAUGUCU